ACAUUUCGUCAAAAAUCUGAGCUUUGCGCGAGAUUGCUACUUCGCCAUUGUUGCUAAAAUGAAAGCUUUUAGAUCUCUACGAGUACUAAUUUCAAUCUCACGAACUACGACGACACCUCGCAGUAACUCCCAUCUGCCUCACAACUUUCUCCGCCGGUUUUACUCGGCGCAGCCGAAUCUAGACGAACCCACUUCCGUCAACGAAGACGGACCCAUCAGCGACUCCAUUUUCGAUAGCAGUCAAUACCCAAUCCCUGGAAUCGAAGAUUCCCCUUCAGUGAAAAAGCCAAAGCAACCCAAUUGGGAUAAAGGGUACAGGGCAAGAGUAGAGAAAGAGUUGUUUCCGAAAGAGACCACCGAAAAAGGUAAAUUGAAAAUCCCAGAAGAAGAGAGUUCCGAAGAAGAAGAAGAAGAGGAUAGUAUCGAUAGGUCUAGGAUCCUCGCCAAGGCUCUAUUGGAGGCGGCGCUUGAGUCGGCUGAUGAAGAACUCGGUGAAGGUGAGGUUAGAGAAGAAGAUCAGAAGUCGCUUAAUGUCGGAAUCAUCGGCCCACCAAACGCCGGAAAAUCUUCCCUGACUAAUCUCAUGGUUGGUACAAAGGUUGCUGCUGCUUCCCGGAAGACCAACACGACGACCCAUGAAGUGUUAGGAGUAUUGACAAAAGGAGAUACACAAGUUUGUUUCUUCGAUACUCCGGGUCUAAUGUUGAAGAAAAGCGGAUAUGGUUACAAAGACAUCAAGUCUCGUGUGCAAAACGCUUGGACUUCGGUUGACCUAUUUGAUGUACUCAUUGUUAUGUUUGAUGUCCAUAGGCAUCUCACGUGUCCGGAUUCAAGAGUGGUACGCUUGAUCAGAUACAUGGGAGAGGAAGCAAACCCAAAACAAAAGCGCAUUUUAUGUAUGAACAAAGUUGAUUUGGUCGAGAAAAAGAAAGAUCUGUUGAAAGUUGCUGAGGAGUUCCAAGAUCUUCCGGCAUAUGAAAGGUACUUCAUGAUAUCAGGACUUAAGGGAUCUGGAGUUAAAGAUCUUAGCCAAUAUUUAAUGGAUCAGGCAGUAAAAAAGCCAUGGGAAGAAGAUGCAUUCACCAUGAGUGAAGAAGUCAUGAAGAACAUCUCUCUUGAAGUUGUUAGAGAGAGAUUACUAGACCAUGUUCAUCAAGAAGUCCCGUAUGGCGUGGAGCACCGGCUAGUGGACUGGAGAGAGCAGCGAGACGGGUCUCUGAGGAUCGAACAGCAUCUCAUCACUCCUAAACUUAGCCAACGCAAGAUUCUUGUGGGCAAGGGCGGGUCCAAGAUCGGGAGGAUUGGAAUGGAGGCCAAUGAAGAACUCAGGAGAAUAAUGAACCGAAAAGUUCAUCUCAUUCUCAAGGUAUUGCUCAAGUGAAACCGUUCUCCGAAGACAAUAGUUUUUUUGUGUUUCGACGGAUUUAGGAUUGGGUUUGUACACGAUUCGAUAUCUGUUUGUAUAUGGUGUUGUCAAAGAUUAGACAUUGACAUUAGAAAUAUAAACUUUACUACAAA